AUGGCGGCCACGCCAGGGCCCGUGCCCGUUGCGCCACUGGGUCUGUUGGAUUUGCCCUUCGCAGCGUGGAACGUGGAAGGUCUGCGAAAUUUUAGCUGGCGGCCGCGAAGGCCUCUGCAGUAUCUGUCUCAGACAGGCAAGGAACUCUUGGAUUGCAGGACCGACAAGGAACUUGGAAACUUUGCACCAGGCUGGAGUUACUUCCUGGAUUCCGUGGUUGUAGCGGAUCGGCGUUUCGGCAUCGAACGCGUGAAGGGUUGCGGUGGCAACUGCCUGCGAACCGCCCGACAGUUGCAGUUUAUGGCCGCGGGGAAUACCGAGGGCUGGCGAGCUGAGGUCGAGAAGUACUUGAAGAUUGACACUCCGGAGAGUCGAACUCAUAUGGAGAGAGACUUGAUUCUGAUCCUUUGGAAAUUGACCCGGAUUUUUCAGCAGGCGAUCUGUUUCGAAAUUCCCUGGGAAACAGCGAAGCUGGACAUUGGCGGCUUGUGUCCCUUUGGGCUGCUGUUCGUGAGCCACUACUGGCCCGAUUUCUUGCCCAGCUUGGGACAAACCAAGCUGUGGCAGCGGACCUUGUUGGGUCAUGAGUAUGCUGGGGACUUCCUCGCAAGCAGCUCGUGGCCCUUGAACUUGUGGGAUGUGAUCAUGGAGAUGAACGACAGCACCAACUUCAAAACCGUGCGUGGUAUGCUCAGCUCCCAUCGUGGAGGAGCUGACUUGGUGCGGGCGCCCUUGCUACGGACCUCCAUCGAUCCGCAGGGUCUCAGUUGUGUUGCUCGCUUCGAGGGUCUUCCUACGCCACAUUGCCGGAUGGCACGCGGCAGGUUGAACUUGGAAGGACCCCGGCUAGCUGUGAGCAUGGGACACGUGUCGCUGACGGUGGAAAUCGCUACGGUCUUGAUGAAGGCGGUUCCUGAGAGCAAUGUGACGAUGUUGUGCACCUGGGAUGAAAAGGCAGAAGGGCGACCCAAACUCAUUAGGUCAUUAGGCGACGAUGAAGUGACUCAGAAAUCGGUGAGCGAUGCCCGGGAGGCACAAGAACAUAUGUUCAGCUGUUCUAAGAUGUGCAGUUUGAGCGCCGGAUUUUGCAGCUCCCCGCGGGUUGGCUUCCAGUGGCAGCCAGACAAGAAGGAAUGGGUGGGGAACCAAGCAGAUGUCCUGGUAUGUUUCGAUUAUUGGACUUGCGUGCAGAUGGGGGCAAGACAUCAGAAGCCACUCUUGAUCUAUGAUGGCAUGCAGUACGGUGCUGAACUGACAGGUUACCCUGAUCCGGACUGGUUGUCGUUGCCAUAUCUCAGAGAACUGGUGGAACACGAUGUCUACGUCCGAGAGAGGGUCCAAAGCCAGGCCUUGAAACCCUACGAGGUAUACUCCCAGGAGGCACCGAAUCUGCCACCAGAGUUGCGACUGCCAGCAAAUCUGCGGACGCUGUUGGUGACCAACGACCCGUGGAAUGCGGAGUCCAUCUUUUUCCGCACUGGCCUUCGGGUGCCGUCUGCGCGGGUAGUGAGCUACUACUUGAGUUGCAGGUACGAUGCUGGCAGUCUGAGGAGUCAGUCUGUCUUCGUCCUCAACUGUCGAGGACGCUGUGGAGCAUGUCAAGGGUUUUGGUUCUUGGUGUGGAUGCUGACACCUGACAACUAUCCCUUGAACUUCUACAGGACGGACGACUACGUGGAUUACUGUAGCCUCGCCAAGGACUUCCGGGCCCUGAUCAUGGUGCCCCACGGCAACGUGAUGCAGAUGAUGUACUUCGAGGGGACCAACAUGGCCCUUCCGGUGCUGCUGCCAGAUCUUCGCCUCAUGUCGCGCUUGCCCUUCUUGUGGUGGUCCGAGCGUAUGACCCAGUCCUGCGACGAGGAGUGCAAGAUGAAAUUUCGAAAUCCACCGAAACCUGAGGCAUUUCAGCGACCACAUCCUUUCCCAUUCCUGGUGACGACCCUGCGCCUUGGUCGCGGUGGUGACGAGCUCCCUGACCUGGUGGACCCGACCCAAUCAGCCCAUUUGGUGGUAAGGAAGAAAUAUGCAUGGAGAAGUAACACUGGUAGAUUCUGGCAGAUGCAAAAUUGUGGAUACCUGAAAAGUGAUUUUUUCUAUACCCAAUCUUGA